UGCUCAUGGACAUGGUUCUCUGUUUCGGUGAUUGCGCGAACCGGAAAAUAGUUUAUAAACAAACAAAAUAGGAGUUUUGGGUUAUUGUAAUUUCCAAUAGGCAAGUUUCUGGCAGUAAACAUGUCGUUCAAGUACGCCGCGAACAGAACUCAGAUGAAGCAAACGGGUAACAAAAAUGUUGGCUACCAUGUGGACAUCCUCAAAUGGAGCGAUCGAAUGGAUCUGUUGGCAAUCGGAAACGAUAAAGGUGAAGUGAUACUACAUCGGCUUAAAUGGCAGAAGGUUUGGCAGUUGGCUCCACCGGAAGAUGGACUUCGGGUGCGCGGGAUAGCUUGGAGACCACUGGAGAAAGUUAUGGCCAUUGCUUACAGUAACGGAACAGUGCUUCUGAUUAACAUAGAGAAUAAAGAAGAAAUCUACAGCUUCGACGUCAAAUCGGAUAUAACCUGCAUAAAUUGGACGGAAAAUACCAGGGAAGUUGCUAUGAACGACACCAGUGGGGAUGCCAUUAAUGAUUAUACUACAUUUCUUCCACCCUUACCAAGCCUAAACUCACUAUCAUCAACGGCAAAGUCAAGCGAUUAUAAUACAUUGAAAUUCUACUCUAAGCAGAUUUUAAAUUUGCUGAUUGUCGGAACUACUAGCGGACACAUUCAUCUCUCCGUUUUUGGGAUGUUGGCGUGUUGCGAGAUUGAUCUGUAUGAGAAGUUUGCUAUUCGUCCAGGAGAAACGGUCAUCAAGGAUGCUAAAAUGAGCUCCAAUUUUAAACAGUUAUUUGUUACUAUUGAGCGAAGAGGAACUUUGGAGCUGUUUGUGUUCGAGAACGAUAUAUUGCAGAAAUAUUCCACUUCUUUGCUGAAUUUGGCAAUUAAGCAUGCUCAUCUCUUGGGAACGAUGGCUUAUAUUAACGAUACAAUAGAAUGUAUAGUUGAAGCUUGGGAAACGGUUCUUCUGGAGAUGGACAACAAGCUUACAAAAUAUGCAAACGAUCAACCGCAAGGCUCGAUCGCAGCUGAUUUUCUAGAGUUACUGAUGUUUGGCUGCACAUCUCCUGCUCUAGAACAGUUUUUGCUCCGAGAUUUAACUGAAAAAGGCUUGAAAAAACUGGGCAACAGUAUUGAAUUGAGUUAUUCUACGAUUCAAAAACUGGUGGUCAAGCCAUUGCAUACAGCCAUUUGCAGUAUGUUUUACCAUUUGAACUCACUGCAAGGAAUGAUUAGCAAUGUGUACUACUAUAAGCCUCUGCUAGGGGAUGUGACCAAUGAGGCACUGAUCAACUGCGGUGCAUUUCUGAUUAAGGCCUACGAGUUGCAGCAGACCAUUGAUACUUCCACGAGAGAUUUCAAGAUAUUUUUCCGUUGGCUAUACAUCGUGAUUAUUCGUUUGAUGGAUGAAACUCUACCGGAAGAUAACCCAUCUGUCACGCAGCAGGAAAUCAACUAUCUAGCGGAAUUUCUUGACAAUUUUGAUGCUUGUCAGAUGGAACUAGGUGAAACCGGCAAUGAACCAGUCGUAGAGGAGAAGAAACGAAAAUUUAAUCUGGAACGUGUUGGACAGUAUUUGGAAGACAAAACGCUUCCCUAUCCGUCAAAAGCGGAUGCGUCUAAUCAAUGGGCAAAAUUAUUGGAACAGAAUGAUUGCCUCAAAUCUUGUCCGCUCAUAUAUCCUCACCAUGAUAACAAUUCAUUAGUUCAGCAGCACAAUCUACUGAAAGCUAGCAUUGAGAAAAUUUUCAAACACCCGAUCGCUGUCAUCGGGCAAGACUUCAAGCAGAAAAGCGUCAUACGCCUGCAGAGCGAAGAUGAUUCCAAUACUUUCUCACGAGUCAUAACGCAUAUCGGCGGAAAUUUUGACGAGAUUUCUCUAUUUGGUCUACUAGAAUCGGAAAACAAUCUCAUCAUAGCGGAAUGUAACCGAUCGUCGAUGUUCCGUGCCGUUCGUCUUUGCUUCAAUGAGAAACCCUACUUUGAAACUCGAUUCUCAUCGCUAGGCGAGCUAACGUUUAAACACAUUCAGUUCUACAGCGAAGACACACUGUCGAUACUGUUACGAGCGCAUACGGCUGACGACCAAACUAGUAGCUACUUUCUCCAACUUGCACUCCAGCGAGUGAGGGAGCUGCUUGAGGCGGUUCCUUUCAUCAGUAGCCAGAUCAUCGGCAAACACAGCAGCUGCUGCAGGGUGGUAAACGCGUACACACUACUAGAGGAAGGGUCACUCAAAUGUCUGGAGGGCAUGGAAGCUGGUUCGAUCGCCGUGUCCGGCACGAGGAACGUCGCUUCGAUCCUAUCGGAAUCGCACAAGACCAUACGCAUUUAUGACAUGGACGCACAGGAGGAGGAUGACGAACUGCUAGAUACGUCGUUGAAUAACAGCAGCUUGGAUAAUAGUAAGGAUUCCAUACAAACGUGAGGGUAAGUUACCAGAACUGUCGAUUUGUUAUUUCGCUAUACAAGCGACAGAUUCCGUACAAUGUGUAUAAGUUCGAAUUCUCAAAAAACAUCUAAUAGCGAUGUCAUAAUUUAAUGAUUUAUUUUAAUUAACUGUAAAUAUC